AUGAAUGCAUUCGCUUUUCUUUCUUUCUUUCUUUCUUUCUUUCUUUCUCUCUCUCUCCCUCUCUCUCUCUCUCUCUCUCUCUCUUAUAGAGAAGAAAGAAAAACAAAGAAAGGAACGAUGAUUUUCUUUCUUUCUUUCCUUCUUAUUCCUUUCUUCUUACUUUCACUCUUUUCUGUUAUUCCGUCACUGUUAUAUAGAGAAGUUGCAGAUAUCAAUUUGUUUAUUAUUUCUGUGAGCGCCUGCUUGAAUCUGGGAUCAUACGCCUUAUCUUCGGGAUGCGUUCGUGCGCAGACACAUCGAUGCGCGAACGCAUGCGCAUGUGUGCAGUUGCACAGUGAAUUUAUCGUAGCAACAAGACGCAGCUCACUUGCAAUCGCCAUUCUCGGAAUUCCUCCCUUCUCUAUAGUUCCACUUCUCCCUUUCUCACACUCUCCUGUCUGCAUCUCACACUUCAUUGAUCACUCCCAUUUAUUUCUCUUCCUCUUCACCCCUCCCUUUCACCACCACCACCGCCGCUGCCUGCCGCUUUUGUCCCUCCUCCACCAUAUGCCCUCCCGUUGCCAAUAUCUGCUGUCUGAGUUUUUCGCUAUUCCAACAUCACUUGAAACAUUGGGUUCCCCUCUUUCCACUCCUUCAUCUCCUUUUUAG